AUGGCAGACGGAAUCGACCGAAAUGCCGACGACAAGAUGGAGUUCUCCACCUCCAAGGAGGUCACGGUUGCGCCGACCUUCGAGGCCAUGCACCUAAAAGAGAACCUGCUGCGCGGCAUCUACGCCUACGGAUACGAGUCGCCUUCAGCUGUGCAGUCGCGUGCUAUUGUGCAGGUCUGCAAGGGACGCGACACCAUCGCCCAAGCCCAGUCAGGAACGGGAAAGACAGCAACCUUUUCCAUUUCCAUCCUCCAGGUUAUCGACACGGCUGUCAGAGAGACGCAAGCACUUGUACUGUCACCCACGCGCGAGUUGGCGACCCAGAUUCAGCAGGUCAUCAUGGGUCUCGGCGACUACAUGAAUGUGCAAUGCCACGCCUGUAUCGGAGGCACCAACGUUGGCGAGGAUAUUCGCAAGCUCGACUAUGGUCAGCACGUAGUCUCUGGAACACCUGGACGUGUUGCCGAUAUGAUUCGCCGCCGCAACCUCCGCACGCGCAACAUCAAGAUGCUUGUCCUUGAUGAAGCCGACGAGCUUCUUAACCGUGGUUUCCGUGAGCAAAUCUACGACGUCUACCGCUACCUCCCCCCUGCGACUCAGGUCGUGGUUGUUUCCGCCACCCUUCCAUACGAUGUGCUUGAGAUGACGACCAAGUUCAUGACCGACCCCGUGCGCAUUCUAGUCAAGCGUGACGAAUUGACACUAGAAGGUCUCAAGCAAUACUUCAUCGCCAUCGAAAAGGAAGAGUGGAAGUUUGAUACACUCUGCGAUCUCUACGACACACUCACCAUCACACAAGCGGUCAUCUUCUGCAACACACGCCGCAAGGUCGACUGGCUCACCGACAAGAUGCGCGAGGCCAAUUUUACUGUUUCCUCGAUGCACGGAGAUAUGCCACAAAGGGAACGAGACAGCAUUAUGCAAGACUUCCGUCAGGCCAACUCCCGCGUGCUCAUUUCCACCGAUGUUUGGGCUCGUGGUAUCGACGUGCAACAGGUGUCGCUCGUGAUCAACUAUGACCUUCCGUCAAACCGUGAAAACUACAUUCACAGGAUUGGUCGAAGCGGCCGAUUUGGACGUAAGGGUGUGGCCAUCAAUUUCGUUACUCAGGAUGACGUCCGCAUCCUCCGUGACAUUGAGUUGUACUACUCGACUCAGAUUGAUGAGAUGCCUAUGAAUGUUGCCGACCUUCUCUCGUAG